AUGGAGCCCAACGCACAGGGCUCAUCGUCUUCUUCAAGAGUCACUAGAUUUAUGAUGGAAGGUGUUGGAGCGCGAGUAAUAAGGGGACCUGAUUGGAAAUGGGGCAAGCAGGAUGGGGGAGAGGGUCACGUCGGCACUGUUAGGAAUUUUGUAUCACCUGAAGAAGUUGUUGUAGUAUGGGACAAUGGAACAGCUGCAAACUAUAGAUGCUUAGGAGCAUAUGACUUGAGAAUUCUUGAUAGUGCCCCUACAGGUGUGAAACAUGAGGGGACUAUGUGUGAUACUUGUCGUCAGCAACCUAUAGCUGGAAUUCGUUGGAAAUGUGCUGAGUGUAUAAACUAUGAUCUAUGCUCAGUGUGUUAUCAUGGGGAUAAGCAUCAUCUGAGACAUAAGUUCUACAGAAUCAGUGCUCCAGGAGCUCAGAGAUGUUUGAUGGAACCGAGAAGGAAAAGUAAGAAACAGGCUGUUAGAGGAAUAUUCCCAGGAGCUAGGGUUGUUAGAGGGGUUGAUUGGCAAUGGGAGGAUCAAGAUGGGGGGAAUGGUAGAAGAGGCAAAGUUAAUGAGAUUCAAGACUGGUCGGCAGCUAGUCCACGUUCAGCAGCCUAUGUUGUUUGGGAUAAUGGAGCUAAAAAUCUGUAUAGAGUCGGCUUUGAAGGCAUUGCUGAUCUGAAGGUUCUAAAUGAUGCCAAAGGUCAGAAUGUUUAUAAGGAACACUUGCCGCUUUUGGGAGAAUCAGGGCCUGGACGCACUGGGCCUCAUGGCUUCCAAGUUGGAGAUCAAGUAAACAUAGAUCUGGACCUAGAAAUAGUUCAGUCUCUGCAACACGGCCACGGAGGCUGGACAGACGGUAUGUUCGAGUGUCUCAGCAGCACUGGCACGGUCAUCGGUAUAGAUGAGGAUCAUGAUAUACUGGUCGGAUACCGCAGCGGGAUACGAUGGACCUUCAACCCGGCCGUUCUGACAAAGGUGUGUAGCGGCGGAAUGAGCGCGUCAACUUCAGCGGAGGGUAGUUCUGGAGGCGGGUUCGCUGUUGGAGAUCUGGUCCAAGUGUGCGCGGACCAACAGAGAGUUAAAGCUAUGCAGAGGGGUCAUGGAGAGUGGGCAGAGGCUAUGGCACCGACACUUGGCAAAAUUGGUCGCGUGCAGCAGAUUUAUCACGAUAACGAUCUGAAAGUCGAAGUUUGCAACACUUCGUGGACGUACAAUCCUAACGCGGUGACCAAAGUGGCGUCUUUCGAUGGCAGCAUUCCAGGAAAUUCAUCAGGUGAUAGACUUUCUGUGCUGUUAAAAAAGCUAUUCGAACCCCACGUGACCGGUAAUGCCAAUGAGGAGCUGGUAAAGGCAGCCACCAAUGGUGAUGCUGCAAGAUGUGCGGAAAUACUGGCAAGAACAGAUGGUGGACAGGCUGAUGUGAACGGAGUUUAUGGCGGUCAUACGGCUUUAUUGGCAGCAGCUCAAAAUGGACAUGUGGAAGUACUGCGGGUUUUGUUAGAAGCUGGGGCCGAAGCUGAUGCUGAGGAUAGGGAUGGGGAUCGAGCGGCACAUCAUGCAGCCUUUGGUGACGAGUCCGCAGCUUUAAGGGCACUAGCGGCAGCGGGUGCGGACCUUAAUGCGAGAAACAGACGAAGACAGACACCGCUACAUAUAGCUGUUAAUAAAGGACAUUUAGCCGUCGUACGCACUUUGCUCCAAUUGGCUGUACAUCCCAGUUUGCAGGAUUCCGAGGGCGAUACUCCGUUGCAUGACGCGAUAUCGAAGAAGCGUGACGACAUAUUGACACUGUUGUUGGAUCACGGGGCUGACAUGACGCUCACCAACAACAACGGGUUCAACUCGCUGCACCACGCCGCCCUGAGAUGCAAUCCAAGCGCGGCGGCACCUCAUUACCCGCAAUUAGCGGCUGCGCACAGUCGCGUAGCACACACCCGGGCUUCACCGCGACGCGACACUUCACCACCCGACAGUCUCACCCGAAUGCAGAGCGGAUCCAGCGAAUAA